GCCUCCGCUGUCCACGGCCUCUCCCCUGCCCGGCCCGUCUCCCAGCUGCUCCCCUGUCCCGGCUCGGACCCAGCUCGACCCGGCUCCGCUCGGACCCCGCCAGGCCCCACGGGCACCAUGGUGCGUCUGGUGCUGCCCAACCCUGGGCUGGAGCAGCGGAUCCUGUCUCUGGAGCAGCUGCAGCAGGCGGAGGAGGAGGAGGCAGACGCCCGGCCCAAGUGGGACAACAAGGCCCAGUACAUGCUGACCUGCGUGGGCUUCUGCGUGGGGCUGGGCAACGUGUGGCGUUUCCCCUACCUGUGCCAGAGCCAUGGCGGAGGUGCCUUCAUGAUCCCUUUCCUCAUCCUCCUGGUGGUGGAGGGCAUCCCCCUGCUGCACCUGGAGUUCGCCAUCGGGCAGCGGCUGCGCAGGGGCAGUGUAGGCGUCUGGAGCUCCAUCCACCCCGCCCUCAAGGGCCUCGGUAUUGCGUCCAUGUUUGUGUCUUUCAUGGUGGGCUUCUACUACAACACCAUCAUCGCCUGGGUCAUGUGGUACUUCUUCAACUCCUUCCAGGAGCCCCUGCCCUGGAGCCAGUGCCCCCUCAAUGCCAACCUCACGGGCGUGGUGGAUGAGUGUGCGCGCAGCUCGCCCGUGGACUACUUCUGGUACCGCGAGACGCUCAACAUCUCCACGUCCAUCAGCGACUCGGGCUCCGUGCAGUGGUGGGUGCUCCUGUGCCUCACGUGCGCCUGGAGCGUGCUGUACGUGUGCACCAUCCGCGGCAUCGAGACCACGGGCAAGGCCGUGUACAUCACGUCCACGCUGCCCUACGUGGUGCUCACCAUCUUCCUCAUCCGCGGCCUGACGCUCAAGGGGGCCACAAACGGCAUCGUGUUCCUCUUCACUCCCAACGUCACAGAGCUGGCCAACCCGGUCACCUGGCUGGAUGCGGGGGCCCAGGUCUUCUACUCCUUCUCGCUGGCCUUCGGGGGUCUUAUCUCCUUCUCCAGCUACAACUCUGUGCACAACAAUUGUGAGAUGGACUCCGUGAUCGUGUCCAUCAUCAAUGGCUUCACUUCCGUGUAUGCGGCCACUGUGGUCUAUUCUAUCAUCGGCUUCCGUGCCACUGAGCGCUACGAUGCCUGCUUCAAUACGAACAUCCUGACACUGAUGAACGGCUUCGACCUGCCCGAGGGCAGCGUCACGCAGGACAACUUCCUGGAGAUGCAACAGGCCUGCAACAACACCGACCCGGUCGCCUUCGCCCAGCUGGCCUUCCAGACCUGCGACAUGAACUCUUUCCUGUCUGAGGGCGUGGAGGGCACAGGGCUGGCCUUCAUCGUGUUCACUGAGGCCAUCACCAAGAUGCCGGUGUCCCCGCUCUGGUCGGUACUGUUCUUCAUCAUGCUCUUCUGCCUGGGGCUCUCGUCCAUGUUUGGGAACAUGGAGGGUGUGGUGGUGCCCCUGCAGGACCUGAACAUCGUCCCCAAGAAGUGGCCCAAGGAGCUGCUCACAGGCCUCAUCUGCCUAGGCACAUACCUGCUGGCUAUCAUCUUCACACUGAACUCAGGCCAGUACUGGCUCUCACUGCUGGACGGCUACGCGGGCUCCAUCCCGCUGCUGGUCAUCGCCUUCUGUGAGAUGUUCGCCGUGGUCUACGUGUACGGCGUGGACAGGUUCAACAGGGACAUCGAGUUCAUGAUCGGCCACAAGCCCAACAUCUUCUGGCAGAUCAUGUGGCGGGUGGUGAGCCCACUGCUCAUGCUGGUCAUCUUCCUCUUCUUCUUCGUGGUCAAGGUCAACGAGGAGCUCAGCUACAGUGUCUGGGACCCGGCCUACGAGGACUUCCCCAAGUCGCAGAAGGUGGCGUAUCCAGGCUGGGUGUACGGCGUGGUGGUGGUGGUGGCGGGCAUGCCCUGCCUGGCCAUCCCGGCCUUCGCUGCCUACAGGCUCAUCCGGGACCAAUGCUGGGGCCGGGGUGACCGCCAGGAGCUGGUCGGAGCCAUGUCCACCAUCUCCGUCAAUGGGGACCUCAAGCACUGAGCCCCCGCCACGCGGCAGGCACGGUUGCAGGGAUCCCGGGCGUGUGAGCGUGUGAGGUGUGUGAACACACGUGUGCACUGCAUCUGUGUGAAAACGUGUGUGUUGUAUGCAGACGUGUGAACACAUGUACACUGUGUGAGUGUGUGAGAGCAUUGAGCACGCGAAUGUGCAUUUUGUAGGUGUGUGCGCUAACAUGUACACCAUGUGCUCACACGUGUCCAUGUGAGUUCACGUGUGUAGAUGCUCGAACACACGUGUGCACUGUACAGACACGUGAGGCUUGCUGGCAUGUGAACAUAUGUGUGCAGUGUGCUCACGUGUAUGUGUGUGGUGUGUGUGGGCAAGGGCCACUUGUGUGUCCUUCAUGAGGUGUGUAUCACACCCGCCCACGUGGUGGUGUGUGUGUGUGCGCGUGUGUGCACAUGCGUGUUGGUGUGCACCUGCGUGAGUGUGUCCACGCCGCCAUCCUCGCUGCCCCGUGUGUGACUGUGGCAUGCACUCGGCCCCCCAGAAGUCAAAGUCGCUCCAGGCACCCGAGUGCCCCGUCCUCUGUGAGCCCAGCAGGAAGGUCCCGCCCGGUGAAGCCUCUGGCCUGGGGUCCCAGCUCUGUCAGAAUGGGGUCCCCACUCUGGCUCUGUUACCCCCCAGCAACCUGGGGAUAUCCUCUCUGAACCCCUGAAGCCAGGGCCAUGCCACCGUUAACCCCAGGAACAGGAAUCCUGGGCCUGGGCCACACCAAGACUAUCUGUGCUGCACACAGCUGAGCUGAGCUGAGGACAACCGGGGUGCCAGGGGGCAGUGCCCCCGCCUGCCAUGCACUCGGGUCUGGCGCCUGACUGGUGACCUCGGGGUGACUCAGCCACCUCUUCUGCCAUGGACAAGCUGGUGUGAACUCGGGGACACACUAGGAGGGACAGGCGCCACGUGCCCACCUUCAGGGACACCAGCACUGUCCCGACACAAAAACCAAGCUUCUGGAACCACUAGAGCCGCCGCUCGGCCCCGGGACGCAAGGUCCAAGGACCACAGCCUUUAUGUUCCAAGCCAUCGUGACUCAGGCCUCCCAGACCGCAGCUCCUGUGACCCCAGCACCUAUGGCCUCAGCCCCCAUGACCUCAGCCUCCAAGACCCCAGACCCUGUGACCCCAGUCCCUGUGCCCUUACCCCCUGUGACCCUGGCCCCUGACACCCCAGCUUUCCGUGACCCCAGCCCCCUGUGAUCUUAGCCCCUGAGACCCCAGCACCUGUGACCCCAGCCCCCAAGACCCCAACCCCCAUACCCCCAGCUCCCAACCUCAUCUGUGAGCCCCACAGCCCAGGUGGAGACCCCCCUCACCUGGGUGUCUGUCCUGUACUCUGUUUGCUAAGCCUUUCCCUGCCCCCAAUAAACACUUUGAAACACA